CGCACUCUCCAUCAAGCCGACUCUCUCAUCGCUUCCUCGAUUGACCUCACGCUAUCGCGACCGCAUGCAGCAGCGGGCAUGCCGACCCUCAAGGACCUCCAUUGCUUCAUUGAGCUUUCCAAUGGCAAGAUUCAACUUCGUGAAUUCGGCACCACCUAUGGCGACGGCCACGUGGAGACUUUUGUUGCUGUCCCGGAGAAGCCGCAGUCGUUCGCCAUCCGCCUCUCGUCCAGCAGGUUCAUCGCCCCAGGUCUAGCCAUGUAUGUCUUCAUUGACGGCGUGUACCAAUGCAACCGCAACCGUCAGAACCUCAAGCUGCGGAAAUCACCUGAUCGGAAAUCUCUAGUGGACUUCGUAGUGCGGCAAAAGGAAGAGCGCCAGGAUGACGGGACGAUGAUAGCUCGGGAUUGGAACUUCGAAAAGCUCGACGUCGGUAAGUUGCGCACCAUACCUUAUACGACUUCUGCUUACACCAUGUAGUUUCAGCGAAUGAGGCUCCUGAAGCCUGCUCGUCGAAGCUCCUCAAUAAUCUCGGAUGCAUCGAAGUCGUCGUGUUACGGUGCGCUGGCAUGCGAAGCGCCAAAUCAGCCACCGUCAAUGUAAAGCCCAUGAACCUAGACGGCGCAGGCGACUUGCCUGACCAUCACUUCGGUCUUGACGGAGCACCCAGUUCCUACACGCCACAGUACGAUGAUCGCGCUUGGGAAUACGUACACAGUGGAAGCAGGCACGGCGCUCCCACGAUAAGUUCU